UUUAAAAGUAUUUUUAAUUUCUUUUUCCUUUCCCAUUUUAUGCAUUAUAAUCGUGGACCAAGAAGUGGAAUCGUUUGUUUUAACUGUACUUUUGCACUUCGUGUCUCCUUCACUUUCUCUUGCGCAGUUUGAACAUACGUCUGUCUUAUUUUAAACGAAAAAAGUGCAACUGGAACAAGCGAUCUAGUUUUAAGGUUAAAUUUGUAACAUACUCGUAUAAAAUAAGUAAAAUAGUAGUCGAUUCGAUUAAACGAAAAUGGAUCCGUUGCAUUUUCUCGUGCUGCUCGUGCAAUGUGCCUGUACAAAAUGGACAUCGUUAUGAUUAUUUGCGUUUGCCAUAUUGUACAUAGUUGAGUGGUGCUAAAAAAUUACGUUUGCAACUGUACUUUUGUACAUUAAUUUGUCCUGCGACACGUGGAAGCGAAAUGAAUAGUCGCAGUAUCAUCGCGAAAUUGCAAUAAGUGAUAUCACAUGGUUGUAGUUUGCUGAGUAAAGAAACGUUCAUUGUGCGAUGCCAGAUAUAAGAAAUAGGGUUAGUUUUCGGAUUCCUUAUAUAAGAAACGUGAUUUAAUUAUCUAAUUUCUGAAAAAUUUUGCCAAUUAAAGAGUUUCAUAAUAUUGCACAACACGCGAUACGUGGAAAAAACUCAGAAAUAUCGACUGCAUAAGCAUUUAUAUUGAGUGGAUUUAGCUUUGAAUAAAAGAUAAUGCUAGCAGCCAUGGCUGUGACACCAUCAACUCCUGUAGGUAGCACUGAGCUACCGAGUCCAACCACUGAAAUAUCCGAUGAAAAUUUAAAUAGUUUCAUCACAUAUCUGAAUAAUCUCGCUGGUAAUUAUGAGAUGGAUGUUGAUGUCAUAGUCAAGGAUCAUUGUUAUGCUCGAGCCUGGAACUGGAAGCCAGAGAAUGUCUAUGUGAAACCUGUAAAAAAAUUAUUUUUCUCAAAAAACACUUCAGCAAGUGCUACAUACAGAAAGGAUGAAGAAAUCAAUGUGGAAGAUGUUGAUAGCGAAAUGAUACCGCCUAUUGACUUCACCAGAGUUCAACACAUGAUGGACGAAUUUGAACGGUUAGCGAUCUUUGCGCGGCCUGAGGAAGACGAAGACUGGGAGGAUAAGAUAGACAAAACUUUUUGGUCUCCAGUGCAGAAUCGGAUAUUUUCCAAAGUGACUCGAGUACUGAGCUCGGAAAGGCUCAGCAGAUUAGCUAAGACUGAUAAUGCGGCGGAAUCGAUUUUUCGAAGAACGUCGGUUGAUAUCGCGGCGAGGCGAUUUCGGGAAACGUUAGCAUCUACAGGAUGGGACUGGAGACUGGCGCAAUGGCUGCACAAUUUAUUAUUCGAGCAUCUGUCCCACGAAUAUCUGGCCAUCUAUCUCGAUAUCUUGCAAGUUCUAAGACUGAAAAUUCCUCAACUAAUCGAUAAGAUGAUCGCCGUACAACCGAAUAUUAACUCCAAGACAGGUUCCAUAACGUGGGAAACGCUCGGAUCGCUCUUGAAGCGUUCCUGGGAUCCGAUCGCGCCGAGCUUGAACGGAAUCAAACCUAAGAAAUUGCCCGGAAAUCCAAUCUUAAUAAUAGUACCGUCCGGCAUUUCCCCGACCGUUUCUUCUCGUCAGCACAAGUGGAUCACGCAAUUAGGUACGUUAGGUACGGUCGUUACCGUUCAUACACACAUGGGAUUGGCGGGCAACAGAAUGACCAUGCUGGUGUGCAUGGAUCAAUUAGUUCAAGCUACGAGAGCCAAGAUACAAGAUGUCAGAAGCGACUGUCCAGGCAGGCCGAUUAUACUCGUGGGUUUCAACACUGGCUCGGCGCUUGCUUGUCAGGUGGCACAGAUGGAACAUGUAACCGCUGUUACUUGCAUUGGAUUUCCUUUUGCGACGGCUGAGGGGCAACGUGGCGCGCCCGACGACACGUUAAUGGAUAUUCGCUGUCCCAUUAUGUUCAUCAUCGGGCAAAAUGCCACACUCGUUAGAGCGGACGAUUUGGAGGAUCUCCGACAGAGGAUACAGGUCCAGACGAGUCUGGUGGUCGUAGGCACGGCUGACGAUCAUCUCAGGAUAUCCACGACCAAGAAAGUACUCGAGGGCAUCACUCAGAGUAUGGUGGACAAAUGUAUACUGGAUGAGAUCGGCGAUUUUAUCGGUAGCAUUCUACUGCAACCGCAUCCAUUGCCGCUGCGACCUACGAUCACAACCAACGGCGAUAACAAGACCAAGAAGGAGUCUCACAAACGGAGAAACUCCACUAGCAGUUCCGUGGAAAGCGAGCCUAAUUCGCCGGUCACGAAGAAGUCCCGACCGAACUCGCCGGUAUCUUCCGCGCUAUCGGCUGGGACGAACACGGCGUCGAGCUCGACUUCCAAAAUCAGUUCACUCAACACCCAAUCUAAUCUGGUGCAAGUGAGCGGACAGCAGACAAACCAUUCUUCCACUAUCAGACGAAAACGACCCACGAGCAAUCAGAAAAAUCAAUUCGCGGAACAUAUGAAGACUUCUAAGCUUCCUGGACAGACAAACAUUAAUGCGGAAAAUGGCAUAACGCUCAAUAUUGGUACACUGGCAAGUCUGGCGCCGAUAGGGCCGAUACGUCUGGCGCCCACCACUGUCAGCCAAUCGCCUCCCAAAGCGUCCAAAUCUUCGACGACGCCCAGCAAAGUACCGAAAAUCAUUUCAAACGUAGCGCUGCAGGGCAUUCCCAAGAUGAAGACGAUAGUAUCUUCUAACAAACCUUAUUCAAACAUGAUAUCAAGCAAUUACAGACAAGUCAAUAUACCUGACAAAAACGGAGACGCAAAAUUGGUCAACAUUUUCACCACUGGAAAUCAAAUUAGAGUUAAUACAAGUUCCGGAGCGGGAAGCGGCAAGUCGACCGCGACGAGUGGCACGCUAUCGAAUCUUUUGCAAAACGGAAAGAGCACCAUUGCGCUCGCGAGCGCAUCCUCCGCCCGUGUGUCAUCGACUUCCAGUAUUCUACUAACGACCACCAGUUCGCCGGCGAAUAGUAUACCGCCAUCCACAUCGACAGUUGCAAAAGCGAUGGAGGAGAUGGGAAUGUGCGGUGACUCUCACUUGUUGGACAUAUCGAAAUUGGCGCACUUACCACGACAAGCGGCCGCAUCCAACAAUACCGAUAACUCCCACAGUACGCCAUGCGGUAACAUAGUCAUUGUCGAGAAUUCCCUCCACAACAGAAGCGCGCCUUCGUCGGUGAUAGUCCCGUUUAACAGCCAAAGCACCGGCAGCAUUUUGCCCUUGUCCAACAAAUUAAAGAUCUCUCACAAGUCGAUAAAGACCAUGCCGAAGAUCACGGUCAACGCCAACAAUUUACAGAGACUGCAGAAGGGAAAGCCGCAGGGCGUCCAGAAGAAGAGUAUCGCGAACGAGAUCGAUGACGAUUUGGGGAAUAUAUUGGACAUACCGAUAAUAUUCGCCAAGGACGACGACAACCUGAGCAACAUCGACAAGAUACCGGUCGUGACGCAGACGACGCUGGCCAAGGAGGCUCAGGAGAGGCCGAAGUUGAACACCACUAAGGUGGUUCUGAUAAGUAACAAGCAGGACAAGCUGCAACAGACACCGAACAAGAUCGGAGCAGCUCCCGCGCAAGCCGUCAUAUGUCCCAAUAUGCCCGUGCAAAAUCUAAACCAGCUGAUAUUGCAGACGCGAGCGCAGAGCAGCGGUGUCCUGGCGAAGAACAGAAUCGGCAUGGCGAUGGAAAAUCGACUGGUGCAACCCACCGUGAAGUACACCAAGAUCAUCCUGGCGAAGAGAAACCCGCAGUCGCUUCAGCAGACCGAGAGAAGCGAGCAGUUGGUCGCGACGAGGACUGUGGAAGACAUAGGCGCGCCUAAAAUCCUGACCUUCGAGAAGGACGAGCACAGAUACGUGCAGGCGCAACCUUCCAAGGCAGCGAGCGUUUGCGAUCCUCUCACGGAGAACAAUCCACUUACGGAUAACGUGCUCGAGAUCGAGGACGCUAUUAAGACGAAUAUCAUUGAACGCAAGUACCUGUCCGCGCCUGCAAUUGACGCGAUGUCGCUUGCGACUCUCGACGACGACGACUGCGAUAUUUUGAAUGAAACGAAGUUGGACGAGAAGGUGGACCUGGAACAGUCUACUCUUGAUAAUGCCAAUGAAAUGCAAACCUAGAAUACACAAUCGCUUUACGAAAGCUGAUAAUAUAUUAAUUGUGCAAUACGCGAGAAGAUACCUGUGAAAUAUAUCAUUUCAAUGUCGGUAUUUAGAGAGAUGUGUAACAACAUACUGAUAUAUCACAAGACUAAUGAAAGCUAUAUAAUCUCGAGAUUAAAGAUUAAUUUAUAAUAUUAUAAUAAACGAUUAAUGACGAUAUUAAUGAUAUUAAUGACGAUGAUUAAUUUUUUUCUAUUGCAUAUGUUAUACAUCAUAUAUGUCAUACUGUACUGGUCUCUAAGCUUUAAUAGUGAUAAUUAAUACUUUGUUGUUAUAAUGAGAUUCAAAUGUGAUUCAUCUUUGUUCUUUAUAUGUUACAUAUGCAUAAACGCGAGAGUGGAAAAAAUAUGUGUGUCUGCACAUAAAAAAAAAAUUAUAUUUAUUAUUCAACUUAGAAAAAUGCCUAAUAAUUAUAGAUAUUCUUCCAUAUAUAGCACGUCCGUUAUUAACUCCAAAUUGGCCAAAGAAUUUGAAAGGUGAAAAAUAAAUAGUACUGAUAGCAGAAAAUACUGCUAUUUCGUAAAUUGCGUACUAUACAACUGUUACAUAAUGCAUUUGUAUUAUAAAUUUAACAUGUAAAGAUUUACAAAUAAAAUUAUAUAUGAAUAAAAA